GAUUGUUGUGUCGGGGGCGCAAGCUCACUCCACCGCCCCCCUCUUCCAGAGCAAUUUGGGCUCCGGCUCACGCUUGCUCGGGCGCCGCCCUUGGGCAGCCUGACCCUCGCUUUUGCGCACUGUGCAGCGCGAUCCACGAAGCGCCGUGACGCACCUUGUCCAUCCGAUGCCGUGCCCGUCGCUGCGGCUGCUGGCGCUGUGUGCCCCGCUGGCCCGGGGCAUCGCCCUCCACUCCGAGGCCCGCGGCGCUGGCCUGAAGGCGGACGUGGGCAGCUCGACCCUGUCGCCAGAGGCCCAGGAGUUCUUCCGCGACCUCGAGAGCGCGUCGUCCAAGAGGCCCGUGAUCAUGCCGCCGGGCGACGUCCGCAAGGCGCUGCAGGAGUCGCGCCACGCCGGCGGCGCCCAGCACCUCUCGUUCGUGGACUCGGAGGGGUCCGGGGAGUUCCAGCCCUCGGAGGAGUUCCAGAGGGCCGGCGGGUCCCAGGGGCAGGGCGAGGCAGCGGAGUUGCCCUGGGGCGUCGGCACGCCCCGCACUGGCGACUCGUGGCCCGUCCACGAGUAUUCGGCCAUGCACAUGCUCGAUGUUCCCCACUGGGUCGAGUACAGCCUGGAGACUGGGGACAACAUCCAGACCUUCAGCAGCGCCUGGCAGGACGUUAAGCUCAUAACGCAGGUGCUCGAGAACGUCACCAACGGCUUCUACCUGGACACCCACGGCGGGGACGGCGAGACGAACAGCUACACGCUCCUGCUCGAGCUCACCGGCUGGCGCGGCCUCAUCCUCGAGCCUCAGAUCUACGAGUUCGCAACGCUGUGGGGCAAGCUGCGGAAAGCGUGGAUAUUCCUCGGGUGCGUGUCUCCGACAGGGAACGCCACGAAGAUCGGCUUCGACACCGAGGGCGUAAUCGACAUGGAGAGCGGUCACUUCAUCCACGCCUACAACAUUCCCACCUUCAUGGAAGAGCUGGGCGGUCGUAAGACCAUUGAUUUCUGGGCCGUGCACAAUGGCCACUACGAGGCAGAGGUCCUGAACGAGACCUUCUUUUAUUCAGGGAAGAACCUCGAGUUCGGGGUCGUCUUGGUCCGCUUCGAUGGUCGUCGCACUGGUCGGGGGUAUCAGUAUUUCGUUCAGCACAGGUCCAAAGACGCAACCGAGGAGCUCAUCUUUGAGAUCAUGCACAACGCCUCCUUCAAUUACAUCGGUGGCCUUGACGCGUAUUGGAUCAACUACGUGGAGCCGCGCUUUCAUUACAUGGACCAUGUGUGGGUGAACCCUGCGUACUUCGAGAGGCGCGGACUCCCCGUUCCCACCUGGUGCAAGUCGGCUCCCCCGCCCAAGCUGGAGUACCCCCGCCAAGGCCACCUUGACGUCCCUGGGCUGGACCAGCUGGAGAAGUGGGAGGGCUCGGGCUCCAGCCCUGGGCCGCACGUGUAUGGACAUGCCACCGAUCUGAAGGCAGGGGUCAUCCCCUUCAAGUACGGGACGCCCGGGGUCCCCUAUGGAACGGGGGAGUGGUACGGAGGAGGAGGCGGUGGGCAAUGGGACCCCCGCUGGAACUGGGACGCGGGCUACACCUACAACGAGGAGGUCGACAAGGUGAGGGCGUACAUGGCGAAGGCGAAGCAGGACGCCGCGGCCACGGAGUCGGUGGCCAAGGCGCACCGCGUGGCGGUCACUCGGCUGUCGUCCGUGGAGGGCCGCUGAGCUCUCGGCCCGCCCGGCGCUGGCGCACCAGGCUGCGCGCCGGGCCGGCCAUGGCGGGCCUCCGGUGCGCUUCGGCGAGCGGAGAGCGCAGCGACGGAGCGGAGAGCGCUUCGCCCACCUUUGCCUCCCCGCCGCCGCGAGGGAGCGUGGAGCCGAGCCCGCGCCGUGCGAGCCCUCUGCGUGGUGGCCUGGUGGUUGCGGCCCCUGGGGCCAGUGCUGCCCAGCGCAGGGGGCAGCAGAUCGGCCCAGGUUGCAGGGUGGAGGUCUGGCAGCGCCUCUUUCAGAGCCUCGCCUGAUACGCCCUGGAGCAUUCUUCUGUGUGACAGUUGCUCGCUCCAUAGUUGCAGUCCCUGGAUCCUCCUCCCCCUCCCCCUCCUCCGCCGGCUCCUCCCUUCCGUUUCGCUCAGCUGCGCCACUGUGCCCUGCUUGUCUGCG